CUAUCCGACAAUAUAAUACUUUGAAUCGUGACAACGCGCCGAUUGAUAAAGAAAUAUUGAUAAGGAAAGUUAGGCAGAUUUUUGAUAAUGGUUUCAACGUGCCUUACCUUAUAAAGCACGAACACUUGUACAGGUAAGUCAUUCAUAAAGCAAUCGUCGACGCGUAAUUAAUUUAUUGCCCGGGAUUUUGCAUGGUGUAAAGUCGGCUGGCUGAUCCAUUUAUCAUCAAGGAUGGCCAAAGCGUUGUUGCUUCUCUGCUUGACGAUCUGUCAAGCGAAUUUUCUAUUCGGGGACACGAUCGAUCCUCAAGAGGAAAAACAGUACAUGUACAGACUCCCAACCGACGUCGUACCAUCGUCGUACGCAUUAAGUUUGGAACCGAAUUUGGAUAAUUUCACGUUCACUGGCAGUGUGGAUAUCGCGAUCGAAGUUAAAGUAGAAGUUAAUAAUAUAACAUUGAAUCAAAAGAAUCUCAAUAUCAAGAGCGUAAACCUGAAAAAUUUGGAUGGAAAAACGAAUGAUGUAAAAGUUAAAAUAGAUGAUCUAGCAGAAGAGGAAGAACUUUUGAUUAUAAAACCUGAGAACGAUGUUAUUAAAAAGGGAAACUAUAUACUUACGAUAAAUUAUUCUGCCGAGUUGAACGAUCAGAAGAGAGGAUUUUAUAGGAGUAGAUACAUCGAUAAGAACAAUAAUAUAAAAUAUGUUGCCGCGACCCACUUCGAGCCGACAGGCGCUCGAUUAGCGUUCCCUUGUUGGGACGAGCCCGAUUUCAAGGCGACUUUCAACAUCUCUAUAACCCAUUCAAAAUCGUACAAAGCGAUUUCGAAUAUGAAAAAUAAAAGUAUAACGAUUGAGAAUGAAAAGGUCGUAUCCAAGUUCGACACAACACCGAAGAUGUCCACCUACUUGGUGGCAUUCGUGGUCUCCGAUUACGAGUCGAGCAACAGAACCGAGAACGACAUCGAGUUCAAAGUUUGGACGAAACCGCACGCCGUGAAACAGACGGAAUACGCUUUGAACGUGAGUGUGUAUCUGAUGAAGGAAUUGGACGACUAUAUGGAAAUCCCGUAUAGUGACGAGAUUAAAAAAAUGGACCAAGUGUCGCUGAAAGAUUUCUCGGCAGGCGCAAUGGAAAAUUGGGGUCUCGUUACUUACAGGGAGAGCUCUCUUCUCGUUAAGAACAAUGUCACGUCAGAUCGUUCGAUUCAAGGCGUAACCACGACCAUAGCCCACGAAUUCACCCAUCAAUGGUUUGGAAAUCUCGUCAGCCCGAAAUGGUGGAAGUACAUUUGGUUGAACGAAGGAUUCGCGGAUUAUUUCCAAUAUUUCAUCACUCAUAAGAUUCUGCCCGAUUGGCGAUUAGACGAGGUAUUCGUUGUGGACAAUACGCAGGGGGUCGCUUUCGUUACGGAUGCGGGUACAAACACACGACCCAUGAACCAGGACGCGACCACGCCCGCAGAAAUCAGUAAAUUGUUCGACAAUAUCGCGUAUCAGAAGUCUGGAGCGGUUAUUCGAAUGAUGUCGCACAUUUUGGGGCUUGAAAAUUUCCAAAAAGGCUUGAGGGAAUACCUGAAUAAAAUGAAGUACAAAAAUGCCAAUUCGUCGGAUCUUUUCAAAUAUCUUGACAAAAACGGGAAGGAGAAUUUGCCCAAGAAUGUAACGUUCGAACAACUUAUGGACGAGUGGGUGAACAAGCCGGGAUAUCCGGUGGUGAACGUUGUGAGGAAAGAGAAGGUGUACGAGAUAUCUCAGAAACGAUUUUUAUUGUACAAAAGUGGAAAUGAUACGAAAUGGUGGGUGCCGCUCACUUAUUUCCGUUUGUCCAAUAUUAACGAAACAACAUUGCCAAAAUUAUGGUUGAGCCCGAAUGACGAAUUCGUGAAAGUCGAUGUUAAAGAAGGGGAUGGAAUUAUUUUCAACGCGUUGCAGACAGGUUAUUAUCGCGUGAAUUACGACAAGGAGAACUGGAAAUUGUUAAACGAUUACUUGAACUCGAGCAAUUAUACCAAAUUGAGCCCCAUAACGCGAGCUCAGUUGAUCGACGAUGCUUUAAAUUUGGCGCGCGUUAACCAACUCUCUUACGACGUAGCGUUGAAUCUCACGUUGUACCUUCACAAAGAAGUGGAUUACAUGCCUUGGCAAACGACAUUUAGGAAUUUGAACUUCUUGAAUAUCAUGAUGCGAGCCUCCGAACAUUAUCAAAUGUUCAACACUUAUGUUACCUGGCUAAUGAGAUCCCUGGUGGAAAAAAUGGAUUACAAACCUAAAUCGAACGACGAUCAUUUUACGAAAAUUCUUAGACCGACCAUAAUGUAUUGGGGUUGCAGAGCUGGCGUUGAAAAUUGCGUGGAUUACGUCAAUAAUGAAUUUAAUGAAUGGUUGAACGAUUCUAAGAAAGAACUCGAUGCCAAUUUGAAGAACAAUAUUCUCUGUGCCGGUCUGAGAAAUUCAGACUCGGAGGCAUGGGACCGUACUUGGAACGUUGUGAAAAAUAUAAUGGACGAAGAUGAAAGGAACAAUUUAUCACCAAUCUUGGCUUGUUCGAGCUCGUCUGAAGUUUUGGAGAAAUAUUUAUUGCAAACCCUCGAAACAAAUUCCUCGUUGUCUUUCUCGACCGUGUAUCGAAACAUCAUAAACGAACAUCCGAUGGGUGUCGAUAUCGUUUUGAAAGUGCUCAAUGACAAAUACAAAUCACUAAACAAAACUGAACAUAACCUCAAAUCGUAUUUAGAUAUAAUCGCGAACAGCGUUACAACUAAAGAACAACUUGAAAAGUUAUUGAACCUUAUCUGGAAAGAGGGAUUGCAGGAUAAUCAAGCGAAUAUGAUGCUGAAGGCAAAUAGUAACAUAGAUUGGCUCGAGCAUAACAAAAAAUCGAUCGAAGAAUGGCUGCACGAACGAAAUUCUUCAUCCGGUUUGGUAGCGUUCGCUUCGAUGAUUAUAUUGUCAAUAUUUGUUACUCGAUUUUAUUAA